UUGGGGAAAAAAAGUAUAAAAGUAUAUUUGAGAUACAUGAAUAAAUACAUAUGGUUAAAAAAAACAAAAAACAAUAUUGCAAGUAUUUGGACACAGUUGUUGAUGCUACCCUGAAGUCAUAUUUGAAUGUUUGAAUGCGCGAUUGUCGGCAUGCCGUGUCAGAGCUGUUUGCGACCAUGCUGGAUCGCGUUUGGGAUUCUACACCUCUGGCUAUAAAUAAAACCUAUCUGGCUUAUUUUGGGAAGUGGCGCUGAAGGGAAAGCAUGCACACCCGCGACUGGAGGAAUCCCAAACAGCCACGCUCAUUUGAAGACCUUCUCAUGGUGUCAUUAAUAUUUAAUGCCAUAGUAAUUAGAGAGUUAGAGUGGAAGUUCUGUUCAAAAGUGAUUGAUUGAUGGAGGAUGAGGGAUUUAUCACGCUCCCUAAUUAAAACAUCAAACUGUCAGCUCUCGUGAUUAGUAACUUUAAUACUGCAGGUGAUAUUCAUCUUUUAACUUGUAUUAUAGUCUAUGUGGCAGUAGGGUAAUAAAUUGGUCACACAUCAACCCCUUUUUUCAUCAUCAUUAUUAGAAGAUAACCCGAAAGUUUCAAAAAUAUAAGGACAAAAAAAUAACUGCUUCCACUCACUUUAAACGUUUUUAACUUUUUAAAAGCCGUUUUCAAUUCACUGAAAGACACCUUUUCAAGAAUCCGUAACACCUUUUCUCGCUCUCUCACUGCCAAUAAAUCAUAAAUCAUACAAUAAUGCUUUAAGCAAGCAAUAACAAUGUCUUGCUUACACAGUUCUCCAAAUAAGAUACACAGCGUGCUUGGUAUUUGUCACCUCCAAAUGAGGUUUAUUGUUCAAAAUGUUUCAAAUUAUUCUACUUUUUCAGGGUUGUCACGAUGCUCUUAAGAGCUUAAAACAAACUCACCUGUGUCUCUUUCCCCCACUAGCCCACACCCUUAUUUAUUUACUUGUUUGUUUACUUAUUUAUGUAUUUAAAAGGGCCUGUUCAACUAAAUCCGAUCCAUCCAAUGCCCAAGAAAUACAUUGUUACCUUGACUGACAAGCUACAGGCUAUCUCUUGCUUGGUUUUGACAAAAAUAUUUUACUUUGAGUGCUCCCAUUUUUUUAUUUUUUAUUUUUGAAAUUGUCAGUAUUAUUAACCAUAAUUUCUAAUUCUGGAGCUGCUUGUGCUUAAUCAGCAUGCUGUCAUCAUCAUGGCUUUGAUGUGUAGUUUAUUUAUUUAUCUAUCUAUUUAUUUAACAACAAAAACAAAGUUGUGCACUUGAAUUGUAAAGCGAGUAUGAAAUGCAAAACCUAAUGAAAGUAGCGUCAAUAUUGUGGUAGUUAUAAACAUUUGAUAUUUGAACACAUUGUGCAGCAACACAUAUAAACAGACAAUGUAACACUGUCAUAUUCUUUAUCCUCUGGGGAAAAAAAACAAAAAAACGAAAGCAACACAACUUAGUUCCAAUGGUCAUCUUCAUCUUACAUUAUCAAAUCUGAAUUAAAUGUAUGUAUGAUGCUGACCCCUGGUGGUCAAAACGCACACGCCAGAAAGAGCAACACACAAUGUUCAUUCAAUGAAUCGAAAACAUUUUAUAAACACCGUUUAAUUCUUUACUUUCUAUUUGUCAUUACUAUUUAAUUCUGAGAUUCAAACACUAGAAUGAAAAAAAAACCGCACAAAAACACAUGACAAAAAUCUCCGUUAAGGUACCACUGUUUACCACCAGGUUUGUCGAUCCGGGCUGAGAAAUCGGUGUAUGAAGAGUGUGACAAUUAAAAAUCCACCCUCCACCUCCUCUUCCCUCUCUUUCCAUUGGUUGGCUGCCCGACCGGGACACACCUCCCACACACCCCUGCGAGUGUGUCACAUUGAGAGUCCUCACAUAAAAUAGGCCGGCCACCCGAGCGGGCGCUCGCAUUGUUACAAACGCAGCUCUAUGAUUGGCUCUCAGGCGGAGCACACGGGCAUGCGGACGUACUACUUCAGCGCCGACACGCAGGAGGACAUGAACACCUGGCUGAGGGCCAUGAAUCAGGCCGCCAACAUGAGAGGCCCCGUCGACACGGGCGACGGCAGACUAUCUGAGCAGUCGGCUCACUUCCACAUGAUGCGUCAUCAGACCGACACGCACACCAACCACGUCAACAACCACAAGGCUCCGGAACCCCAGAGACCCGCCGUCCACGAGGUUCUCCUGGAGCCCAUCCAUCACCAGCCGGACGACCGCCACGGCUUCCACAAAGACUCUCCCGUCGCCACGGAGAUGGACACGCACACCUCCCUCCCCGCCAACCCCAUGACCGCCGCCGUCCCGCCUCCAGAUCACGCGUCCUCGUCGAUGCCCGUGUCCAGGGUGCCGUCUCGAGCGCCCUCGCGGUCCGCCUCCACGCUGCCUACGGGCGUCGGCGCCAGGAAUGGCCUGGUGGAAACGCCCAGCCCCAUCUUGGAGCCUAACGGGAUUGCGGCGGGGACGUAUCAGAGGGUCCCGGAAGCUCCUCUGGAAAUGAGGAGGAGGAGUACUCUGGGACAAGUGGAGCAGUGGGUCAAGGUGCAGAAAUCCGAGCGCAAAGGUCCUCCAUCCCGAGACAGCACCCUCCCCCGAAGAACGCCGCCCUGCCAACCCAAGUUCGGCACUCUGGAUUCACACCAGACCCUGCCAAAGACCCCUCGCCACAGCCCCCCGCUGGCACGCCUCGGCGAGUACAAGUAUGCUCAGGACCGCAUGAGCCACUUCCGCCUCACCCCCGAUCUGGGCGGUCCGGGUUCCAACACGGUGCUGCAGUUGUACGAGUGGCAGCAGCGUCAGCAGUACCGCCACGGCAGCCCCACGGCGCCCCUCUAUACGCCCGCUCCGGACUACCCUUUUGGCGCCCGUCCGCCGACCGCCCUUCCCCCCGCCGCCAAACACAACGGGCCGCCACGCUGUGUGUCCGUACCGCCCUCGCCCGCGGACAUCCCGCCGCCGGGGCCUCCGCCGGGUACGAGCAGAGCCUUUUCGCCCGCACGCCGCCCGCACACGCCGGUCGGCCGCGUGACAGUGAGACCCUUGGCCGAUGCGUCGACGGCGGACACAAUGUUUGCCAUUUCACCUCGCAGGACCACGUCACAGGUCUUCAAGGCAUCCACGAUGGACAGACGCUCUUUGACUCCAUCCAACUACAUGACACACACGGUCAGUGCGCCCAGCCUCCACGGCAAAACGCCCGAUGAGCUCACCCUGCUGCUCAUUCAGCUGCGCCGACAGCAGGCCAAAAUGGCGGCCGUCCGCCAGCACACGCUGGAGCAGCUGCAGCGCCACGGCCUGUCGACCGCCGGCCCCCUCCUCAGCGUCGGCCCCGCUCCUACCCUAACCCACCUGUUGGGCGAAACGCAGGUGGACGACACGUACAAGCAACUGAAGCAGGACCUGGACUAUUUGGACCUCAAGAUCAGAGCUCUAGAGCCCCUGAUCCUCGCAGUUCACAGUUUGCUACUGCACUGCACUGCUGGGCCUCUCAGGCCGCUAUUGACCGUGGCUGGAAGUCAAACGCUGAAGGCGUCGGGAAAUCCGGUCAAGGUUGCAGAGAGUGAUGUGGACGUGAAGCUGAGUCGGCUAUGUGAGCAAGACAAAAUCCUGAAGGACUUGGAAGUGCGGAUCAGCUCGUUGAAAAAGGACAAGGACAAGCUGGAGAGCGUGCUGGACGUGUCCCACCAGCAAAUGGAGCUCUUCCACGAGCAGCCGGGCCAUGCGCACAAAAUUGCUUACCAGCAGAGACUUCUUCAGGAGGACCUGGUCUCCAUCAGGGCCCAGAUAUCCCGACUAUCCACGGAAAUGACGCAUGCCUGGGACGAGUACGGCUGGCUGGAGGAUUCGGUGGAGCAGCUGAGGGCGGCGCUGCAGGCCCGCAUGAACCACAACGCCACCCCACAGCAAGAAAAGGGCGAGAUGAAGCGCGAGCUGUGGAGGAUCGAGGAUGUGAUGGCGGGAUUGAGUGGCAGCAAAGCCAACUACAAAGUUACCAUCGCUUCUGUGCAGAACCCAGAGAGGAAGUUAGUGCCUUCCGUGUCAGAGCCCAGCGUGCCUUCUUCGAGUGCCGACAUCCAUCCUCCACCUCGUAGUUCUGUUCCGAGCGUCUUUUCGCAAACUCUGCCUCCCAACUUUGUGCCAAAGUGGGCAGAGGAUGACGCUCCGCCCCGACCGCCGCUCCCUCGCCUGUACGACUACGAGGAGACGCCGCCCGCCGUGCCACCGCUGCCCAAGGAGGCGUCGGCGGUCAUCCGCCACAUGUCGGUGCGUGGCCUCAAGCGGCAGUCUGACGAGAGGAAGAGGGACCGGGAGGGCGGACACAACGCUUUCAAUGGCGACUGUAAGACUGACUUGCGUUCUUUCCUGAGUGAACCCGAGCUGCUGGCCAUAACUCAGCACAACAACGAUGCGAAUUAUCAGUAUCUUGACCACAAAGGUCUAUCGGGCACAUCAUGGCAGAACCAGUCGAGUGCCAUAUCGUCCUUCGUCACACUGAGGAGAGGCCCGGACACCGCUGUGGACAGGGAGCGACCCAAGAGUGCCUUGGAGUGUUUGUCCUCCGAGUAUCCGAGCGGCGCGCCUCCUCCCCAGCGCGUUGGCCAAAUGAGCGCCGAGGAGCAACUGGAGCGCAUGAAGCGCCACCAGAGGGCGCUUGUGCGCGAGCGGAAACGGAACCUCAGCCGGGGCGAGCGCUCGAGCGCCCCGCCGCCCGCCUCCGUGUUUGAUUGGCGGGAGGAACGUCCCCGGGCCGAAGGUCAAAGCGACGAAGGUCACAAUGAGGGAGGAGACGUGUGGCUGAAGGCCAAGGCCACGCUCGUCCGGGAAGCCGACGUGGAGCCUUUGGACUACGAUUUCGACAUCAGCAGAGAGCUCUCCAAACCCAAGAAGGUGUCCAUCCCUGAGCGUUACGUCGAGUCGGAUCCCGAGGAGCCACUUAGCCCGGAGGAAGAGGAGGAGCGACGUCUUCGUACGGAACGCAUCAGGAAAAUCCUCACCAAGUCCAACGUUCAGAAUUUGCAGUCGGCGUCGCUGGACCUCAGCGAGCUGGAAUCGGUUCUCCAAGAGCAGGAGAAGAUCAUGAAGGCAUCGCGAGCGCUUGCCUCACAGGCAUCCAAGAAGAGCAAACUGGUGGCAGCCAAAGCUGCUGCUGCGAGCCCGUGACCACCACCACUGACUCUGACCGCAGUCCCAGUGAAGGACCGCUGAGUGAAUUUUCAAACUAAAAUGCAACAAACACUUAAUCAGCACGAAGAACAACAUAGUUUUAUUAUUUUGAUGAAAUUGUUUGACCGGCUUCUAGCAUCACCUAGUGGUAACAUAAUGUAUUUGCUACUAACAAGGACAACCAAUUGUCCACUUUACAAAAUAAAUGAACAAAUAAGGGGAAA